AUGGCGGAAGAGCAUAAACACGAGGAAUCGAUCAUGGAGAAGAUAUCUGAGAAGAUCCAUGGUCAUGGUGACUCUUCGUCUUCUUCUUCCGAUUCAGAUGACGAGAAGAAAUCUGAUUCUUCUUCUCUCAAAACGAAGAUUUACCGCCUUUUCGGUAGAGAAAAGCCUGUCCACAAGGUUUUUGGUGGCGGAAAACCUGCCGACAUUUUCCUCUGGAGGAACAAGAAGGUAUCAGGAGGAGUUUUGGGUGCUGCAACUGUCUCAUGGAUCUUAUUCGAGUUACUUGAAUACAAUCUCCUCACUCUUUUUGGACACGUUUCGAUUCUUGCUCUUGCAGUAUUGUUCUUAUGGUCUAGUGCUACUACCUUCAUUCACAAGACUCCUCCUCAUAUCCCUGAAGUUCACAUCCCUGAGGAAAUUGUUCUACAGCUUGCUUCUGGACUUAGAGUUGAAAUCAAUCGCGGUUUUACUGUUCUUAGGGACAUUGCAUCAGGAAGAGAUCUCAAGAAGUUUCUAAUGGUAAUUGCUGGAUUGUGGGUUUUGUCCAAAGUUGGUAGCUCCUGCAACUUCUUGACCUUAGUCUAUAUUGCAACUGUUAUUCUCUUCACCGUUCCCGUGCUUUACGAAAAGUAUGAAGAUAAAGUAGAUGACUUUGGUGAAAAGGCAGUGAAGGAGAUCAAGAAGCAAUAUGCGGUGCUCGAUGAGAAGGUAUUGAGUAAGGUGAUGAGCAAAAUCCCCAUUGGAGCCUUGAUGAAGAAGAAGCUUUAG